AUGAUUGCGAAUAGAGCGAAUACUCCAGCUCUUUUCCCUCGAAUUUUUCCACUUCUAGUAGUCGUUGGUGUAUUGGUUUUUGUUUUUACAGUAUAUACAAACAGUGGUUCCUCAAAAUACUUGGACAGAGUCAGCUCUCGAUUAAAAUAUCCAAUAAAUGGAACUGGAUUCUCAAAGCAGUUGAUUGAUUAUGAUCUUCACGACUACAAUGUCAAAACAUAUAAAGGAUAUGUAAAUAUGUAUGAAUUGAAUGAGAAGGUGUUCAAAUUAUAUGGAUAUGAAAUCGAGAAACCAACACUACCAGUUCCAACUCUUCGAAUGAUAAACGAGCCAACCUGCGAAUUAGUUUUCUCGGAAUGGCUUCGAGUAUCUCAAGAGCCUCAACCGAAGAAUCCUCCGAAAUAUAUUCCAUCUGGAGAGUCGGACGCAUUCCUACUUUUCGGUUACGCUGCUGUGGAAAGCUGGUACAUGAACGAUAAGAAUUCGUAUUUCGGAGAAAAACCGAAAAACUGGGAUAAACUUUCUGAGAUGAUCACAUGGCCGAAGGAAAAACUGGCCGAAAUAGCUUAUGUCACAGAGUCAGUAUCUGUGUAUAAUGCUAUGGCGUCUCACAGACUUGACGGAAUGAGUGGAGUUGUCAUCGGAAGUGCGGAGAAAAUUCUAACAGUGGAAUACAAUCGGUUGACAAUUCAAGAAGAGUUCAGAGACAGAAUGUCUUCAAUUCUUCCGGUCGAUUUCGUACAAAACUGGCAUACAUACGCUGACAAGUUCGAUUUCGCUGCCUCAUUUUCAUCUAUCGAACAUUCGGGACUCGGGCGGUACGGAGAUCCAAUGGAUCCCAUCGGAGACUUGAGAGAGAUGCUCAAGAUAAAGUGUAUUCUGAAAAAAGGAGGAUUACUAUUCCUCGGUUUUCCAUUGGGUACGGAUGCAAUUCAAUACAAUGUACACAGAAUUUAUGGCCCAAUUCGUCUUGCAAUGAUGUUUUAUGGAUUUGAAUGGCUCAGCACAUUUUCUGGAGGUCUCGAAAAUGCAUUUGAUCUCAACUCUCAGCGUCUUCAUUCUAACGUGAAAUUUGGAAUGCAUCAAUAUACAAUGGUUCUGAAAAAACUGUGA